CCUGCUAUCCGAUCACCCACACGCAGAGUGAUGUCUGUCACGCGCGCCCCAGAAAGAUGGAUCGGGAAGGCGCUGAAUCUCGUGUACUGGGUCUUCACCGUUUUCCCUUGUGUCGGUAACUUAUCUCGUCCUCUAGUUCCAAGUAUGGGUACAAGUAUGAGUACAAGUACUCCGUACUUACUCCAAGUCCUGUAACUACCGACAAUACGAGGUAGUAGGUACCUCUGUAGGUACAAGGACUGUAUCAUUAUGGCUGCAUGAUCCAACUCAACGCACCCG